CCGGGGCAAGUUGACGACCGGGGCAAGACGACGAAUGGUUAGUUUCUCAAAUUAGUUGCUAGGUAGUAGCACCGGUCGAAUGUCAGUAGCGCUCCACACGGAUGGCCUCUGAAAUAACUGGCAGUGAAGACAAGUUCGCCAUUGUGUGUGUUGUUACAGCGGCUUGUUGUUUUUGGAGUGCGUUUUUGUAACUUUCGGCCUUUGCAUCGUAAGGUUUAUUGAAUACGCAGGUAAGAUAUGUUAAUUUUCAAUAUUACCUAUAUUUACCUUAUGUAUUAGGCUACUCAUAAAUACCAUGUUUGUUUAUAUUUAUCUUAAACUUAAUGCCAAUAAAAUUUACCUACUCUAUUACGGCCGCUCGGGGCAAGAUGACGUGGGGCAAGAUGGCGUGUUCGUCAUCUUGCCCCGGUUAAUUUUACUGGUGCAAAGCUGAAACUUUUAAGAAGUAUGGUUAUGCAUACAAUUUUGAUUUAAGUAAACUAAUAACUGACGACACUGUGAGACUUAACCACUUAUUUAAAAAAAAUUUAAUCUACACUUUUGUUUAACAAUUUUACUUUAGAAUUGAAUUUUUAUUAAUUUAAUAUGCGGGUACAGAUUUUUAGUUUUACUUUGGUUCCAGAGAUGGUGAGAAACUACAAAAAGACUUCCUCUAGAGGAGAGUGGGAAAAAACCAACAUGGAUACUGCUUUCACAGAGGUCAAGGAGGGAAGAAUGACUUGCUUGGGAGCAGCGAGAACUUACAAUGUUCCAGAGGCAACACUUCGACGCCGACUGAAAAAGAACGUUUCGGAUAUGCCUGUCCAUGGAGGAAGAUAUAGAGAAGUAUUCAAUGAAGAGCAGCUCCAAGAUUUACACAACUAUUUGACGGUAAUGGACCAAAUGUUUUUUGGAAUGACCAAGUUGCAGUGCAGAAAACUCGUUUUUGAAUACGCAGAACACUUAGGGAUUUCUCAUCCGUUUAAUAAAGAAACUAAAAUGGCUGGUGAGGAUUGGCUGGCUACCUUUAUGAAAAAACACAACUUUAGUAUGCGUAAGCCAGAAGCAACAUCUGUUGCAAGAGCAAUGGGUUUCAACAAACCUAGUGUUGAUAAAUUUUUCUCCAUUUUGAAGGAAGUGCGAGAAAAACACAAUUUUCCCGCUGCUAAUAUCUACAAUGCAGAUGAAUCAGGACUAUCUACUGUGCCCAAUAAAUUACCUAAGGUAAUUUCACCAAAAGGAAGUAGAAGAGUUUCUAAAGUUGUGUCUGGGGAGAGAGGCAGGAACGUCACUAUUAUUUGUUGCAUCAAUGCUACGGGAACUUACCUACCCCCUUUUUUGGUAUUUGCCAGAAAGCGAAUGCGACCUGAACUCAUGGAAAGAGCUCCACCAGGUAGUGUGGGCCACUGCAGCGAUAAUGGCUGGAGCAACGGAGAGUUGUUCGUAAAGUUUUUGAACCACUUUAUCCUCAAUGCAAAACCCACAGUUGAUUCUCCUAUCCUGCUACUUGUCGAUAAUCACAGAACCCACAUAACCCUAGAGGCAAUCAACUUAUGCAGAGAUAACCAUAUUGUUAUGGUUGGAUUUCCUCCUCAUACAACACACCGUCUUCAGCCCUUGGACGUUUCAUUCUUUGGUUCGCUGAAAACCUUUUACAGUCAAGCUUGUGACAACUUCAUGGUCAAUAAUCCAGGACAGACCAUCAGUGACUUUAAAAUUGGUGAGCUUUUGACCAUUGCUUAUUUCAAGGCUGCAACUGUUGGCAAUGCCGUUAGUGGGUUCAGGUCCACAGGAAUAGAACCUUAUAAUCCACUUGUAUUCGACGAACAUGACUUUGCUGCAUCACAAACAACUGAUCAGAACCUGGAUGUAGGCCUAGACCCUAGCUAUAAUGAAGAUGAAAAUCCUACUAUCCAAUCAACAACAUCAAAUACAACAGAAACUCCAGGUGAACCUGAAGAAGAAACCAUUGAGCUGAGUGAACGCCAAGAAACAGUAGGCCUAGUAGACUGUGCCCCAAUCCCGGUAAAGAAGAAUACAAGUGUCUUCGACUUUAAGCCUUUACCUAAAGGUAAACCAAAGGAUAAGAAAAGAAAAGUUCAGAAGUUAAGUUCUAGUAUUAUAACAAGCACGCCAGUAAAAAUGUGUUUGGAAGUAAAGCAAGAAAUGAAGGAUGAAAAAGAGCGCUUAAAAAAGAAAAGAGAAGAGCUUCGAGCUUCAAAGGUUUCAAAGAAACUCAAGUUUGGACCCUACAAAAAACGUCCUAGGUGUAUGAACACAGCUUCUACUUCAAAAGGCAGUGAAGUUAGAUGUCCUGGGUGUGAAGAAAAAUACUCCGAUCCUCCAGUUGAAGAGUGGAUCCAGUGUUCCAAGUGCAGUGAAUGGUGGCACGAGAAUUGUACAAGCUACGAAGGUGGGGAAUUUGUUUGUGACUACUGCUAGUUUGUCAGUUUUUGUACAUAAAUAAAAAUGACUAGCAGCCUU